AGUAGUGCCCUAAUUAGUACUUGAUAGUUUGGAUUUAUAGCAAUUCUAUAUAUUACAUAUAUUAAUAUAUAUAAUAUAUGUCAUUUCUCUUUGCUUUUCCUGCCAUGAAUAUGAAAAUCAUUAUUUUCUAGUCCUGUAGCUGAAAAAAAAACCUGUGACCCACCCAGUUAUGGCUAGUACCCGGAUUUCUGGAAAUGAAGAAAGGAUUAAAUAUGUGCAGGGAGAUCUUUUUACUUGUCCAGAAACAGAUUCCUUGGCUCACUGUAUUAGUGAGGAUUGUCAUAUGAGUGCUGGCAUAGCUGCUAUUUUUAAGAAGAAGUUUGGUGGUGUUCAGGAACUUUUGAGCCAACAUCUCAAAGAACAAAUAUUUUCAUAAACCUACAUAUGACAAUUUACGGAAGAGUUUAGAAGCUAUGAAAAUCCAUUGUCUGAAAAAUGCAGUAACUCACAUUUCUAUGCCAAAGAUUGGUUGCGGACUUGAUCGCCUGGACUGGAAGAAAGUUUCAACAAUGCUUGAAGAAGUAUUUGAAGAUACAAAUAUUCAUAUUACAGUUUAUACUCUUUAAUUCCUAGUAUAAUUGUCUUUCUCUUUGUUGUUAUAUCCUUGUAUCUUAGCUGGCAUAGGCUGAUAGAAUUAUCUUCAUUCCAGUAUCCACAAUUCUUUAAGUCAUCUUCUGCUCUAUUCAAUUUUUUUUUAAAAAAGUCAAAAUGUACAUUCUAGUGUUCAGAUACUUUGUGUAACUAUUGCCUAUUUAGCAAUUGGAAGAUGAUAUUUUAAGAAAAACACUGAUAACUGAAAUUUUUUGAUCUAGAUUGGCAAUCAUGUGGAAGAGAUUAGAAUAAAGUGGAAAGUUAUGUUAAAAAAAUCAGAUGUUCACAUAUAUAAAUAAAAGAGCUUUUCCAAA